UCAUUUUUGAAAACACAUGAGAGUAUGAACUGCGAUGCUUCACCCUGGCAGUGCUUCAUGAAAAGUAUGAACUGCGAUGCUUCACCCUGGCAGUGCUUCAUGAAAAGUAUGAACUGCGAUGCUUCACCCUGGCAGUGCUUCAUGAAAAUGUAAAUGGACAGACCAGAAGAACAGUUGCCAUUAAAAGUACCACUGAUCUGCAUUGUGGAACUGGAGACCAGAAUGUGAGAAAUGAUGAAGGGAGAUGGCAAGAGAAGUUCCUCACCCUCAGACAUAGCAGCCAAGAGAGCUCGGAAGAGUUCAGGAGAUUCUCUCACUAGUGUUACCUUAGCAACAACAGACAGAGGAGACAGGGUCCUUGAAUUGCAAGGAUUAACUGACGAGGCGGCAUUGGUUACAUUGGACAGGAACAAAAACUCACCAUUGGAGCCGGGUGAAAUUCCAAUAGACAGUGUUGCCAUUCCUUCUAGCCCCACCCCCAAUGGCACCUCAGAUGGUGGUAUUGAGUCCCUCGCUUCACCACCAGAUGGCAGUACCUUCAGCAGCAGUGAGAGUUGGGUAAUGUCAGCUGGCUCCCCUCCAGCAGUGAAAAGUGAACCCAAUUGUGACACGAGCCCAGUGGAUUUUUCAGUUACAGAUUCUCUGGACAACUUAACAGGAGAUCUUGGCAAAUCUAACAGUGAAGUAGGACUGGACACCACACUGACAUCAUUCUACAAUAGCAACACUUCCUCCAUUGCUGUGACUUCUAGGACAGCUAUCACACCUUCCAACAUGAACACAGCCUAUUCUCAGUUUGGCCUCCAGACUGGCUUCAGUUAUCAGCAGCAAGGGGGAUAUCCUCUCAUGUACAACCCUCAGGAUUUGAAGAAACCACAAGUUGGACAGGGUACUGGUAGUUUUUAUCCUUCCUCAAGCUACAGUCAGGCCACCCAGUACAUGUACCCCACACAAGUGCCCUUUACUAGUGCUAAUCCUGCCAAUAGUACAUCAUCCAACUCCUCAGCACAACAGCCAUUAGAAUAUAAUUAUGCUGGGUACCCAACAGGAUAUUUUUACCCUGGAGUCCCAACAAAUUCAACAGUGGCCGUGCCACCCUCCUCACAGACAUACCAGCUAGUGGAUGUUCCACACACAGCAGCAGGGAGUCAGCAAUCUGAUGUCACUUCCUGUCUAGUGGGAAGUGGACAUUUAAGUCCAAAAGUAGUCCCUCAGCCUGAAACGUUCCCCAGUAUAAACCCGUCACCCUCACCCCCUGGUAUGAGAGACAACACAUCCUCUAAACGUAGUAAUCGAAAUAGAAGCACAGGAAGUCGGAGUGGUGGACGAACGACAGCCUCCCCGGGACCAGAGUCAGAUUUAGAACGAGUAUUUGUGUGGGAUUUAGACGAGACAAUCAUUAUAUUUCAUUCACUGCUCACAGGAACAUAUGCACAAAGAUAUGGCAAGGAGUACCAUUCCUCCGUGUCACUAGGGGUGCGUAUGGAAGAAAUGAUAUUCAACCUGGCCGAUUCUCAUCUAUUUUUCAAUGAUUUAGAGGAGUGUGAUCAGGUACACAUUGAUGAUGUCUCCUCCGAUGACAAUGGCCAGGAUUUGGGCUCAUACAACUUUGCCACUGAUGGCUUCAAAGCAGCGACUUCCAAUGCCAAUCUGUGCCUAGCAACAGGUGUGAAAGGGGGUGCUGAUUGGAUGCGAAAAUUGGCUUUUCGAUAUCGUCGCAUCAAGGAAAUAGCUAAUGGCUACAGAAAUAACGUAGGAGGUUUGAUAGGACCGCAGAAACGAGAUCAAUGGCUGCAACUUAGGCAGGAAAUAGAGUCAGUAACAGACAACUGGUUAACUCUAGCUUUAAAGUCUUUACAGAUCAUCAAUUCCAGGCCCAACUGUGUUAAUGUUCUGGUGACCACAACUCAACUGGUUCCCGCAUUAGCCAAAGUCUUACUGUAUGGACUCGGGGGAGUUUUCUCUAUAGAAAAUAUAUACAGUGCCACUAAAAUUGGUAAGGAUAGCUGUUUUGACAGAAUUGUAGCCAGGUUUGGAAGGAAGUGUACCUAUGUUGUAGUGGGUGAUGGAAGGGACGAGGAACAAGCUGCUAAACAGUUGAACUGGCCAUUUUGGAGAGUGUGUAACCAUUCCGAUUUAGUUGCCUUACAUCAUGCGUUGGAUUUAAACUACCUCUAGUAACAGAAUGCUGUUGUCCUCUGAACUCAGUGUAAUGGCUGAAUGUGAAAGAUAGAGACUGAUCACGAACUAAGGAAAGCUGGAUAUUUCUGAGGAGGAAUGGUGAGAACGUUUUGGUGAUGAUGAGGAAUGGGUGUUUAAGGUGAAAACCCUCCAUCAGAAACUCUCAGUGGUGCAAUAUUAGAUGGGGACAGUUGAGAAAGAAGUGCCAUGUACUGCUUUAAGCUGCCAUAUGCAUAAUACCUUUAUUAACAUUUGAUGAACAUUUGGAAGAUGACCAUAUCCAUGAUGGAUGGGGUCAUAAUUAAUAUUUGAUAUUGUGAUAAUCCAAGAACUUUAUGAUUGUAUUUGAAGAACAUUCACUCAUGAAUGACUGAAUUAUUGUCAUGAAGAUGAAAAUGUCCAUCUUUUGGAUUACCUUUAAUCCCUGACCCUGAAUGUUGAAAUCAUGUGAUGGUGAGAAUCUGUCCACACAAACUUUGUCAACCUAUUAUUUCAUUGUACCAUUUAAUGUGUAUAUAACUGCAUAUAUAAAUGAUAUAAAACUCUGUGUAUAUUAAAAGGUAUACAUUUCUUAACAUUAUAUAUCUAUAAUAUAUAUUAUAUAGCUGAACUCUGUUCACAACUUGGUGCUGGACUGAAUGUCAGCAGAAAUUUUUUUCCUAUUUCACACUUAUUCAGAUGAUCACUUUAUUUCAUCCUUUUGUGUUUUGUAAAGGACAUUUCUGCUCUUUGUGUAGUGUUAAGAAAAUAAUUUGCUGCCAACUCCAUAAAAUCACCUGUAUUGAUUAAUUGUGAAGAAAAAGCAGCUACUUUCAUUAUUGCCCAUUAAACCAGAUUUGUAUGUGCCAAGUAUUAUUUAUGAGAAUCAGUAGAAAACUGUAGUAGCACCUAGUGUUGUAAGUUCAGGUGGUGCAGAUACCAGAAUGUCCACCGAACACCACACUAAUUUUGUGGUGCUUCUUGUCAAGAAAUAAUCGAGGUUUAACCAAAGAAUAUGCACCAAUCAAAAAAAGAAAGACAAGGCCAUUAUAUUAUGUAAAUGUUUUACGAGUAUUAACAUAUCAUAAUAAUGGUUUGUGUAUUUGUUGCGAGAGACAAUCCUUUAUCCUCAAGCAUGAACUUAGUAGCUGUCUGUAUUUGUUAAAAGUUAUUACUUUUAGACGGUUUCAAGUUAUCUCAAGUUCCUGUAUUGCAGAAGGUACUACUUUAAUCCAAGGACCUUUUUGUAAGCAUGUCUGGUUUACGGAUGUCCAUAUUGUUUGUUAGGGAAUGACUGGUUGUGAUGUGAGAAUACAAUCAAAACAUUUUGUUGUUGUUAACAAAUUUUUAUACUCAUUGAUAUUGGCAGUAUUUGUUUUAAGCAAUCAAAGUAUGGUAUUUAAUUACAAAAUAAGGAUAAGAGUUUUAAAGUACCAACAGCAAUUUGUGGUUUGCUUGUUCUAAUUCAGUUUUUAAAAAAAAUAAUUUUUACAUUUUCAUGUUCUAGUUAUCAUUUGAAAAUAAACAGAAUUACAGUUGAAGCUUUUUGCUAUAUGAUAUUUGGCCUCCCGUUUCCAUUACCCUCAUUAGAUUUACAGCAUCCCAAGUGCAUUUUUGUUGCAAGGGUUUAAGAUAAUAAGUAUGUAUGGUUUUACUUCAAACAUGUAGGUGUUUAUUCUUAUUUGAUCCACACAUUGUCAGUUUUUAUCCAUUUUUUGUAAAGUGUAACAUUAUCGAGACUGGUCUUGAACUCACUGUAAGGUUGUAUAUUUGUUGUCUCUUCAUUCAGUUAUUCGUGUACAAAAAUUAACCCAUUGUGUGUCACGUGAUUGUCAUUUUUGUACAGUUCAGCUUAACCAAAGAUUUUGUACUUUGCUGUAAAACUGGAAUGUACACUGGCAAAUAUUUUGCUGCAGUGAAUUUUCCCCCAUAUCUUCAUUAUUAUAUAUUGAGUCCAAUUUUUGUGUGACAGGUUGUAUGAUACAUGAAAAAAAUGCAUGAGGAGAAUAAGCAAUAAAAGUAUGAAAACUAAA